AUGAUUGAUAUUAAAAUUGAAGAGUUGAGAAAUUCUAGUGAAAUAGAUCACUGUGAAAGCGGCAAUUUAUUAAAUGAAAAUAGUGUAGAAUUAAUAAUUAUAAAAAAUAAAGAUUUAUACAUUUAUGAAUUUGAUAAAAAGAAAAAAAAAAAUUAUUUAAUUUAUGAAACGAAAUUAAAUGGAUAUGUUAUAAAGUUAGUUGUUUUAAAGAAUGUCUUUUUAAAUAAAAAGGGAAAAUGUAUUAGUGGCAUUUUAUUAAUUUACAAAAAUUUACAUUUCAUCAUUUAUAAAUAUAAUAAAAGUUUAAAUAAUUUAGUUGUUGUCUUAAAACAUAAUUUUAUAAAAGAAAUAAAUUUUCAGUCCUUAUUUUAUAAUCUUCCGUGCUCAAUUAAUUAUACUCAUAAAUAUGAAAAAAUAAAAAAAGAUAAAAAAGAAAUAAAUAAAAAGAUAAAAAAAAAAUACAAAAUAUUAGGUUACUACGAUAUUUUAACAAAUAAAAAAAGGGACAAAAGCAAGAUAAUUAAUACAAUAAAUAAAGAUAAUAGCAUAUUAACAUAUGAUAAUUCUAUUAAUAAGGUAUAUAAUAUUUAUAAUAAUUAUGAUAAUCAAAAAAAAAAUGAUCAAAAUGAAUUUUUAAUAGAUUAUACUAAAAUAUGUGAUAAUCAAGAAAAAAAUAUUUUAGAUAGUUAUUCCUUAAAUUUUAAAGACAAGAUAAAAUCAAAAAAAGUAAAGUCCAAUUUUUGUGAAUUUUGCAUUACUUUUUCUUAUGAUUUUAAAACUAUAUACACUUUUUUUUAUACUACUAGAAAAAGAAAAAUUCAGGAGAGAAUAAUUAAUAACGAAGUGAAUAUCAAUUAUUUUGCAUAUGAUAUAUAUAUAGAGAAUAUUAGCAAAAUUAACUUGAGAAAUUUUUAUAAAAAUUUUGUUUUUAUCAAAAAAAUUUUUUUUCAUGAUGAUAAUGCUCAUAUAUUAAUUCAAAAUGAUGCAAUAAAUAUUGGUCAUACUAAAUUAGAAGAAUUAAAUUUAAAAUUGUUAAUUAUAAAAAUAGAAAAAGAUAAAUUCGACUUUGUUAAUUUAAUAAAAAGCUUACCUAAUGAUUUGUUAGAUAUUAUUAUAAUGAAUAAUAUUCUUAUAUGCUUAUGUUAUGAUUACGUUUAUAUUUUAAAUUUAAAUAAUUAUAAGAAAGUUGUCUAUUUUUUUAAUAAAAGUUGUUAUAUUAAUAAUAUUUUUCAUUUAUUAAAAAAUAAUUGUUUAUUUUAUGAUUAUUCUUAUUUAAAUAUAAAUUUUAAAAUAUUUUAUUUAUACAAUAAAAAAAACAAAAUUUUUAUCCUAAAUAAAUAUUUUAUCAUUGAAGGAAUAAUUUCAAAAGAUAUUAAUGAUUCGAUAAAUUUAAUUAAAUGGGAUAUUAGUUACGUAUUUAGUUUGAAUUUAAGCAAAUCAGCAUUUUUUUCAUUUGAUAAAAAUCUUUAUUUUUUAUGUUGUUAUAAUGGAUUAAGUGGAAAGUCAGAUAUUGAUUUGCUAAAAAAACUAAAUAAGAAAAGAUUAAAAAUAAAAAGAAGGAAAAGAACAAAAAGGAAAAGAAUAUCAUUAAACAUAUUCUAUCCUUUAAAAAAAAAUAAAUAUGAGAAUGAGUCUUUAUGUAAAAAUUCAACAAAUUUAAGUGAGUUAGAAAUAGGAAAUAUAAAAGAAAAGGAUUCUAUAAUAAAUGAGAAAUUGACAAAAAGAACUGAAUUGAUAAAAAAUGAUGAAUUAGUAAAGAACGAUAAUUUAAUAAAUAAAAAUAAUAAUAGUAAAAAUAAAAAUUUUAGAAAAAAUAAUAAUUUUUUAUUUGAUUUACUAAAUUAUUUAAAUAAAAAUAUAAACAUAAAUGAGUGCACAAAAGAGUUAAAUAAUAAAAAAUAUGAUUUAUUAUUUAAAAAAUACAGAAAAAAAAUAAAAAUAUUAGAAAAUAGUUUUUCUAAAAUAAAUGGACAAGGAAUAAUAGAAUAUUCUUCUCCUUUAUUUAUUUUAAAAAAAAAAAAAAAUAAAAAUAAAAAAUAUAAAAAAGUUAAUAAUUUAAAAUAUUCUUCAGUUGAUAAAAUUGAAGUUAAAGGGCUAUUAACAGAUAUAUGUAAGUUAAAUGAAAAAUGCAAUUCAAUAAAUAAAAGCAUUUAUUUUGCUAUUAUUGGUAAUAAGAAAAAUAGUACUUUACAAAAAAUAUUUUUUGAAAUCCCUUUAGUGCUAAAGUUGAAUAUAUUUUUCUCAAAUUUUAGCAUAAACAGUGUUUGCUGCACAGGGGAAAAGAAGAAUUCUAUUUUCCAAUAUUCUGUAAUAAAUUUAGAAGAAAAAUCAAAAACUGAAAAAAAAUGUAAUAAAUUAGAAGAUUUUGAAUUAAGUGAUAAUAAUAAUAAUAAUAAUAAUAGCGAAUCAAUAAAAAAAAAUGAAGUAAGUAAACAAUAUAAAGAAAAUAUUUUAUUAUGUAUAAAAAAUAUUUCAUUUUUAAAAAAGAAUAAUAAAUGGGAAAGUUGUGACAUUCAUGAUAAUAAUAAUUUAAAAAGUAUUCCAUCAGGAGAGUCUUCGGAAAAAGUGAAUAAAAAUGUAGAAAAUAAUAAUAAUGAUAUUAAUUAUUCAAAUGAUUAUAGCCUUUACAAGAAAAAUUUUUCUUCUGAAGAAAAAAAUCUAGACGAAAUAAUGAACAAUGAUUUUAAGGAUAAUGAAAUAAAUAAUUAUAAUAUUAAUAAUUACACAAAAAUUAUUUAUAUGAUUAAGGGAGAAAAAGGUAAUGAAGAAUAUUUUUCUUUAAAUAGCAUAGAGACAAUAAAAAAAUGCUUGCUCUUUUUUAAGAAUUCUAAUUUUAAUUAUUUUAAUAAUAAAGAUGUACGAAUGUAUUUAAAAAAGAUAUAUAUUCCUCAUGUAAUGUGUCAAAGUAUUCAUUCAAACGAAACUUGUUAUUUUAAUGAUAAUAAAGAGUUUUCCAUUAGAAAUAUGAGAAAAAGUAAUUAUAAGUUAUAUAAUAAAGUGAAAAAUAUAGAAUACAAUUUAAAAAAAAAAUUUUUGAAAUUUUUUCUAAUCGAAAAAGUUAAAAGUACUUCAUUAAAUUUAAAGGAAAAUUCUAUAGGUUUGCUAAAUUUUAAACAAAUUCUAACACAAGUGUGUAAAAAUGAAAUAAAUUUAUAUUUUAAUGAGAAUACAUAUAUUUGUCUGAAACAGAUAAAUAUGAAAGAUAAUAUAAUAUCAUGUAAAUUAAUGAAGGAAUAUCUUAUUCUUUUACUUGAAAACAAUGAUUGCUUUAUAUAUUCUUUUAAUAAAGAUAUAAUAAAUAAUUCAUUAAAGAUAAUUAAAAUGGUAACAUCAAUAUAUAAUAUAUUCACUUUGCAUUGCUUAUCAUAUGAUAAUAAAGAAGAAAAUCUUGAUAUAUUAAAUUUUGGUGAAUUUUUAAAAAGAACACUUUUAAAAAAUUGCGCAUUUUACGAAGAGAAAAAUAUUAUAAAUAUAUUUAAAAUAAAAAACUCAUCUAUGCUUUAUGAUUUUAUUAAAAGUAAGAGCAUUGACGUUGAUAAUAUUUUUGCUUGUCACACAAACCUAAAUAAUAUCCGUUGUAUUUCCGUUAUAAAAAAAAAAAAAAAAACUUUUUUAUGCUUUUUAGAUAUUUUAAAUAACUCUUUUAAUAUAUUUGAUAUAAAAAAAAAAAAAAGAGUUUUUCAAAGUAAUUUUUUAUUAAAUGUACCAAAAUAUAUUUAUAAUUCUUUAAGGAAGAAUAAAAAUGAUAAAAAAAAAAAUGUUGAAAAAGAUAAAGAGAAAAUACAUUUUUUGAAUACAUACAAUAAGGAAAAAAUAAUAAACAUUUUAUUUUUUAAGCUGGAUGAAGAUUAUAUAUUAAUAAUAUUUUUAACAGGUAGACCAAUAUUAAUAUAUAAAACAUUUUUUUACAUGAAAAAUCUUAGUAAUUUAAAAUUUAAAAUAGUUAUCCACAAGUAUGUGCAACCUUUAAUUAGUAAUAUACAUUUUUUAAAAGGAAGAAAUGAUAACAAUAUAAAUAAAGCAGUUACUAUUUUAAACAAAAAUGAGGAAUUAAAUAAUGGUUGUUUUAUAUAUGUAGAUGACAACAGUUUUAAGUAUUUAAAAAAAAAUAAAAAAAAAGGGAAACAAAUCAUAAAUAGAUGCAAUGAAAUUUUAAAUGAAAAAAAAAAAAAAAAAAAAACCAUUAAAAAUUGUAUAAUAGUGUAUCCUUAUAUUGAUAUGAAAAAGUUAAUUAUAAAUAAUUAUGGUGAUGAGAAAAUAGAAGAAGACUUUUAUAACAAUUUAAUUAAAAAAUACAAUAUAAACUUUCCUAUUUUGUUUUUAUCUAGCUAUAAAGGAAAAUUAUAUAUUCAUAAUUUAAAUAAAGAAAAACUACAAGAUUUGAGUAAUGAAAACAAUGAAAAUUUUUACAAGUUAAGUAACUACUAUGGAAAUAGAGAUGAUAAUGUCUUACAUAUGAAUAAUAUUAAAAGAAUAAUGAAAAUAGAUAAAAAUGAAUUUAUAAGUUUUUCUAAUGAUAAUUUCUCUAUAUUUAGUAUAAAUGAUUAUGAAUAUAAAAACAUCUAUAAUUAUUAUGAGAUAAAAGAACAGAAAAAUUAUAUUUUUCAUGCGAUAAAUAAGAAUUUCUUUUUGGGAAAUUUAUUUUAUUUUAAUGAAGAUUAUUUAAAAAUGAAAAAUGAAAUUCUUUUUAUAAAAAAGCAUAAUGUGAUAAAUUUAUCAUUUAAUGAUGAUUUUAUUUCGAAAACAUUUAUUACUUAUCCAUAUAUUUAUAAAAUGUCUAUAUCUAAAUUUGAAUAUAUUUUAAAAAAAACAAGCAAAAAAAAAAAAAAAAUGAAAAGGGUAUUACAUAAAGUUAAUAAUAAAGAUAUGGAAGAAUCAUCUAAUAUGGUUGAUCUUUCUGAAAAAGAAAAUAAGAAUUUAAAUAACUGUUAUGUAAAUAGUAGUGAACAUAACCAGUGCCAAAAAUACAAAAUAACAUCUGGGAAGGUUAUAUGUGUAAUUUUUCGAAUUAAAUACGAUGAAUAUUAUUGCUUAAAAAAAUUAUUGAAAAAAAGGAUAAACAUUCAAAAAGAUGAAUUAAAAAAUAAUAGUUUAUAUAGAAAUGAAGAAAUACAAUGUAUACCAAAUGCUUACCUAGAUGAUUGUAUUAAUAAUCAAUAUACACAUAAAAUAAAAAGUUUUAUAUCCAAUAAUGUAGAAGAAGUAGCAAAUGUAUUACAUGAUGAGAAAGUAAGAAAAAAUAAUAAAUUAGUUCAAUCAGUUAAAACAUUUACAAAAUACUAUAAACUACUACUAUUCCAUGAAAAUAGUAAAAAUGUCUAUGGAUAUUAUAUUUUUGAGCAUAGUGAGGAGAUUCAGUGUGUUUCUUUUGGAUACUUAAAUAAUAAAGAGUACAUUUACAUUAGUACAAGUUUAAACAUUAAUGAAAGAAUCGAAACACAAGGCAAUAUUUACAUACUUGAUUUUAGCAAUAUAUUUUUAAGAUAUAAUGAAAAUGAAAUCAUAAGAAAUUCAAAUUGUAAUAUAAAUAAUGGAUAUUUUAAUAACAAUGAAAGUAGUAAUAAUAAUAAGGAUGACAGUAAUAAUAAUAAUAAUAGUAAGGAUGACAAUAAUAAUAAUAAUAAUAAUGAUAGCAAUAAUGAUUAUAAUAAUAAUUAUACAUAUGAAAAUAAGAAAAACAAUUUACAGAAUUAUUAUGAUAACUUAGAAGUGGAACGCUGUAAAGAAAAUAAUUUAAGUGAAGUAAAAAAAAAAGGAAAAUUAAUUGUAUACUUAAAGAAGACUUACAAUAGUUCAGUAUCUCAAAUAUAUCCUUUUUAUUUUUAUAAUGAUAAUAAUAAUAGCAAAAACUAUAAGAAUAAUGUAAGAAAUGAUAAUAUAGAAAAUUACAAUGUAGAAGGAGAAUACAAAGACAAUAAUUUAAAUAAUUGGGAUGUUGGUAAUAAUACUAAUAAUAAUUGUUAUUGUAACAUUCUUCAUUGCAUUAAUUCUAGAUUAUAUAUUCAUGAAAUAAAUGAUAAUGAUUUCACAAAAGGUGCUUUUAUUGAUAAUAAUUUUUAUAUCAGUGAUAUAAAAAUAGUGAAAAAUUUUAUUAUAAUUGCUGAUCUAUAUAAAGGUAUAUAUAUAAAUAUGUAUAAUUAUGAACAACAACAUGAUAGUAGAAGCAUUAUAUCAAUAUCAAAAAACUUUUACAGUCAUAAUUUAAAUAUUUUAUGUUGCCAUUAUGUUAUUUAUAAUUCAUAUAUUUCUAUUAUAGCAAUGGAUGUAUACAACAAUUUCUUGAUAUUCUCUUAUAAAAACUACCAAGACAUUGAUAAUCUAUAUAUCUUUAAUUAUUUCAAUUUUAAUAGAAGAAUUAUUAAAUUUAUAAACGCAUUAAAUAAAGAUGAAAAAUCAAAUUCUGUUUUAUCUAUUUCUAAUGACGGGAGCAUCCAUUUAUUUUAUCCAUUGAAUAAUAAAUUAUUUAUUUUUUUUAAAGAAAUAUAUAAAAUUAUAAAAAAAUAUAUUUUUCCAAAUUUAGCUUUAAAUUUAAACACUCAUUUAAAACCAGACUUUUUUAUUCAAUCAAUUAUUUUAAAUCUUUACAAAAGAACUGAUAGUUUUUUAGUUAAAAAUAUAUUAUUUGAUGACUUAUUAAAGCAACUUCCUUUUUAUUCUUCUGAAGUUUUAUUUGAAUUAUUUUAUAAAAAAACUAAUUUACUUCAACAUAUAACAAUAGGAGAUUUUUUAAAUGAGUUGCAUUUAUUAAACCAAAAAUAA